GCAGUAGCAGACGCUUGUUACUGGACAAUACAUAUAAUACCCAGCGCCAGGCCCCCGCUAUUUCGCGACUAGUGCUACUGCCCUUAAUUUCUGCACAGACCUAACCCGGCACAAGCGUUAAGUUGGCUUUACAAUUUGACAGUCCCACCCAAGCUCCUGCGACCCUUCGUUAACCCCAGGCCCAGGCACCUUCCUUCCUGAACCAGAGCAAAUGAAGCUUGUAGGCGUGGGCCUGCUUACCUACAAGGGCGAUGCCACGCCGCCAGCUUUUAUUGGAAUGGCGGUGGACGUGUCAAACUUCGGGUACUUCCAGCGCGGAGCUGUCCGCGAGGGCAUCAUGUUCAUCGCGCGAACUAUCACGCAGCGCACGGCGCCGGGCAUGCGACAAACCGUGAAGAACGAGGAGUACCUGUGUCACGUGCACGUGAAGGACAACGGCGUUGCCGGCAUCGUAGUGGCGGACGGGGAGUACCCCACCACAGCGGCCUUCUCGGUCAUCGGCAAGGUGCUGGACGAUUUCAUGCAGCAGCAUGCGAACGACGACAGCUGGCGGACACUGGAGGCGGAUAGCACGCUGGCGAACCCGCUGCUGGAGGCCGCGCUGACCAAGUACCAGGACCACACGCAAGCGGACAAGAUCGCCAAGAUCCAAAAGGACCUGGACGAGACCAAGAUCAUCCUGCACCAGACCAUUGACAGCGUGCUCAAACGCGGCGAGAAGCUGGAUGCGCUGGUGGACAAGUCCAACGACCUCAGCCUGGCUAGCCAGAUGUUCUACAAGCGGGCGCGACAGACCAACAGCUGCUGCCGCUUCAUGUGAGCGGAGUGGCAGCUGCGGAGGCUGCUGGCAAGGGGGAGGCGCGGAGCGGGGGUCGAGGCGAGCGACCUUGUGGGAAUAGCGGAGCGGCUCGGCGGCAUACCGUAUGGGGGCCCGGCAGAGGACUUGACGUGGCGGCCAGGACCGGGAGCGUUGAGGAGUGGGCAGGCAGGCGAGCCCGUGGAUGCAUGCCGCAGCCGCGGUGAACGGGUGGGGACGCAUGGGGCUGCUAGCUGUGCAAGGGCAACGGCUGGCGACUCGGAACAGAGGAAUGACAUGGCGGGUCCGUGGCGGGCCAUUGGAGGUUCUUGCUGGUGCUGUACUGCGUGGCGUGGUCGGUUGUGCUGUUGGGGGCUCGUAGCUUAUUGAUUGGCGGCUGGGCUGUCGUUGCGGGCGCUGGGCUGACCGUUGGUGCCACGACAAAGCAAGGGGGCUGUGGUGAAGUGGUUUGCAUCGCCGCCGAGUGGAGGCAUCGCCGCCGAGUGGAGUGAGUUGAUAAUGGCCGUGGCUUACAUGCGUGUUUGAAAGCUCACGACGAGGCCGUUGUAUGUGCCGGCAAUCUGUUCAAAACAAAUGAGAUGAAAGAGCACUUCAUAAUGAAACACGUGCACGAGUUCAUUGCACGACACGGUUGGCCAGAUGUAGAACGACCGAUAGCAUACCGGCAGCAUGUGCACGUUGUGCAGCCAGCGCUUGUCGCAGAGCGGCACCGGUUGGAGAUGCGGCUUCCGUGUCACGCUAGAAGUGUGACCGGGAUGCGUAUGGGAUGCAUCGGGUGUGUGCGUGGAAAGUUGGGGCGCGUGGCUCAGCCGAGCAAUGGAACCACACAGUGCAAAUCUGCAAAAGCUGUCUAGUCUACGGCCAUUGGCAUUUGCCCACGCCGAAAAAAUGGAACACGUAUACCGC